GCAGCAGUCUCAGUGCCAGCUCUCGGGCCACCUGUCCUCUCUUGUCCCCCGGAUUCGCUUAGUCUCAUUCCCCCUGCGCCACACCAGUCUCCUCUGCAGAGAUGAACGUCUUCAGGCUGAGUGGGGACCUGUGCCACCUGGCAGCCAUCAUCAUCCUGCUGCUGAAGAUCUGGAACAGCCGGUCCUGUGCCGGUAUAUCUGGAAAGAGUCAGCUCCUAUUUGCAAUGGUGUUCACCACCCGGUACCUGGAUCUCUUCACAUCAUUUAUUUCAUUGUACAACACAUCUAUGAAGGUCAUCUAUAUGGGAUGCGCAUAUGCAACAGUCUAUCUGAUCUACAUGAAAUUUAAGGCCACAUACGAUGGGAACCAUGACACUUUCCGAGUGGAGUUUCUUGUAGUCCCCGUUGGUGGAUUAUCGGUCCUCGUCAAUCAUGACUUUUCUCCUCUUGAGAUCCUUUGGACCUUUUCCAUCUACCUGGAGUCUGUGGCUAUCCUGCCUCAGUUGUUCAUGAUCAGUAAAACAGGAGAAGCUGAGACAAUCACCACCCAUUACCUGUUCUUCUUGGGCUUGUACCGUGCCUUGUAUCUAUUCAACUGGAUUUGGCGUUUUUCUUUUGAGGGCUUCUUUGAUCUGAUUGCCAUUGUGGCAGGCGUGGUGCAGACUAUCCUUUAUUGUGACUUCUUCUACUUGUAUGUGACAAAAGUACUUAAAGGAAAGAAACUAAGUUUGCCAGCGUAAGUGCCAAAGAUUGCGACCAGCAGCUGUCCCCUCCACCAGCUGGACAGAACAAUCCUCACUUCGUGUGAAGGUUAAAGAUGCCUGAAGCAGAGUCAGAAACACUACUUUUAUAUACCGAACUGCCCAGUUUGCUGCUGGAGAGGCACAGAACAAGGUCCCAGGCCAGCCUCUCCCACAGCAAAAUUGCUACAUCACCAACGACUCGAUAAAACAACCUGAUUUGUUUUAUGCAUCUUGCCUUUCCUGGUUUUAUAUUCUGAUGUAUAAAGAUUUUUUUACAUAAGAAACGUAUGCUGUAAUGAGCAAUUUCAGUGCGCAGUUUCAGUUUAAUAGUUGUAAAAGUGAGAUUUUUUUUGUGCAGUUUACAACUAGGUUCAAGUGCAAAAAUUUUUUUUCCUCCCUCUCUGUUCCAAGCUCAUUAAGGGGCGUUUAAGCCCCUUUAUCAGAUUGUAUCCAUUUUAACUCCAGUCAUUCCACUAUAAUUUAUGUUGUUUUAGACAAUACAUAUUCCAGUUUUCUGAUGUUUAACAGUUGCUUCUUUUCUUUUUUUCUAUAAACAUUCUCUAUGGUGGGUGCAUGGGGUGGGAGGGGGGUUUUAGACUUUUCUUUCUACUUUUUGUUUCUUUAGAGGAUACAAAUUCACAAAAAGGUUUCUUUCCAAAUAAAUUUCUAUCACAGUG